ACGUGUUGAUUUUGCUCUCUGAUGUUCUUGUGUUUUGAUGAUCAGCUGUUCUGAGCGUCGCCAUUCAGCCAUCUUGACGCUCACCUUCCUCCCUCUCCACCUCCUCGGGCCCUUCCCAGACACACACACGCCCCUCACCAUCAUGUAGACUUAGGGGCGGCAGCAGCAAGACACUGACCAGAGUUAACAAGUUGAGCUUCCAAGUUGAAGUCUUCCAAACAGCCAAACAGUAAGGUGUGUGUUGGGACACUGGUGUGGUGGCUAGGGAUGGAGUGAACGUGAUGAUGAGUGAAGGCGGCGGCGGCGAGGCAAGCUGCCCCCCCACCCACCAAGUGUGGCUGCCCCUCCCCCACAGUGAUGACGACGACGAGGAGGAGGAUGAGGAGGGAGCACGUGGCGAGGGGGCGGACGUCGUGGGUGGGGGCGAGGUGGUGGUGGUGGGUAGCGGGGGCGCCACCACGCUGUACAGCCGCGAGGAUGGGGCCACGGUGCUGGAGGCGGCGGACGGCACCACCACUGUGCUGCGCCCGCAAGGCUCCGCCCACAGACUGACGGUGACGGUAGAGGGCGGCGACGGGGAGCCCGGUGAGGGCAUGACGGCGAUCGUGGAUGGCCAGACCGGCACGGCGACCCUGGUGGAGGGUGCCGAGGUGGUGAGGACUCAGGCGGUGUCUUACGCCACGCCCAUCCUCCACCACGUCUUCCUGCAGGCCGCCCCCACCACCCACGGCACCGCCACCCUCCACACGGCGUCCGCCUCCACCUCCACCACCACCACGCCGCGCAGGACAGCAGCCCCAGCGACGGCCGCGAUCCUGCAGGCCACGCCCUCCAAUGUCAAGCUCGAGGACAGUGGUAGUAACAGCAACAGCAGGAGCAGCAGCAGCAGCAGAAGCAGCAGCAGCAGCAGAAGCAGCAGCAGCAGCAACAGCAGCAGCAGCAGCAGCAGUGGUAGAAGUAGUAGUGUCAUUACUAGUACCUCCAGCAGUAGCACCAGUACCAGUAAUAGUUGUUAUAGCAGUAGUGUUAGUAGUAGUAGAAGUAGUAGUAGUAGUAGUGGUAGCAGCAGCAGCAACAACAACAACAACAACAACAACAACAACAACAACAACAACAAGAGCAUCAAAAGUGAGAACUCAAGCAGGAGCAGCAGGGUGGUGGAGGACGCCGCCGCCACCACAGUCGCCACCACCACCACGAUCACCACCACCACCACUACCAGUACCUGCCUGCCAACCGAUCACCACCACCACCACCACAACACCACCAACACAACCAGCAACAACAAGCAGACCGCCACCACCACUACUACCACCACCAGCAACACCAACAACCACGUCAGCCACCUCAGCCUCCACCCCCACCACCACCAUCGUCACCCAUCGUUGUCUUCCUCUCCCUCGUCCACCCCGCCCCCCUCCCUCUCCCCGCCCUCAUCCGCCAGCGGCCCGCGCACUGACGACGAACUCACGUCCCUCUCCUGGCUGCAGGACUCCAACCUUCUGCGAGGUACAGCAUUAUCCCCUGUGAAAACCAGCCAUGGCUCAUCAGGGCAGAGUGGUCCAGGGGAGGUGGUGAAGGCCGAGUCCCCUACCAGUGACUAUGGUGACGAGUCCUCAGACGCCCUAGAGCCCGGAGAGCUGACCCUCAAUGACCAGCCUCACACACAACCCUCCCGGCAGCAGCCUAUCCCAUACAACCCUCAGGUGCAUAUCAAUGCCAAGCCUCCCUAUUCCUUCUCCUGCCUCAUCUUCAUGGCCAUUGAGGACUCCAGCAAUAAGGCCCUCCCUGUGAAGGACAUCUAUGCCUGGAUUCUGGAUCACUUCCCUUACUUCAGGAAUGCUCCCACUGGAUGGAAGAACUCUGUUAGGCAUAACCUUUCCCUCAACAAGUGUUUCCGCAAAGUGGAGAAAGCGCCCAACCUUGGCAAGGGCUCCUUAUGGAUGGUGGACCCCGCCUACCGUCCAAAUCUCCUGCAGGCCCUCAGCAAGACUCCCUUCCACCCAUACUCCAACCUGGACCGCAUCUACCUGGUAUCCACCAAGGCUGCCUACAAUAACAGGCAGGUUGGGGAAGGGGCAAGUGGACAGAGUGGAACAGGACGGGCAAGUGUACCUGUGGAGAGCCCUGCAGCAAGUCCCACCAAGCCAGCUGGGGCCAAUGUGCCAGACCCUGAACUGUUCCCAUACUUGGCACGGCGCCUGGGCUCCACGGGGCCUGGGACUUUGGGGAUGGAGGUGGUGGGCUCUGGAGUUCAUAGUGAGGAUGUAGAUGCAGCAGCAGCUAUGUUGGCCCUCAAGCAUGGCUCCCGUAUUGUGACUCCAGCAAGUGAAUCCUACUCUCAGCUGAGGGAUGGCAAGGACACAUCUCUCUUAUACGAAGAAAAUCGGAAAAGGAAGAGAAAAAGAAAACACACAGAGGUUGGAGAUGCUCGCAUGAUGGUCAUCAGUUCAUCACCAAGUCAGGAUCACUCUUACACCUCAGUGGAUGGUGAAGAAGAAUAUCCAGGACCUACUUCCGUGCCUACUCCAUGCCGGACUGCCCAUACCACCCCCCAGCCACACCCUCCACCCCCCAAGAAAGCCAACCACUCUCCUACCUCUAGUGUGGAUGAAGCCUUCUCUGAUGACUCUUAUGACAGUGAUGUGGCCAGUGAAGCAUCCCAAGCAGACAUGAGGCAACUGGUUGAGGGUGCUGAUGCAUUACUGAACUUGGCUGCUGUUGCCACCUCCCUUGCCUCCCAGCGCCACCUUGGGGAGGGUGUGGGUUCCCCUACCCCACCACACUUGUCAGCACCAGCCGGUCGCCACAAUGUUCCGAGGUUGCACCACACCCCAGCAGCUCCUCACCUUGGAAGAGUGCACAUACUGAAGCCAUCAGCAGCCAAGUCAGCCUCUGGAAAGCACAGCAACAAGGUCAAGAGUGAGGUGGCCCACAACAACAAUACCAUCCUAACUAACAACAACAAGGUUUUGAAAGUGAAGAGGUUCAGUGGUCGUGCCUCUAGCCGGCAGCAGCUGUCUCCUCCUUCACAGUAGUAGGUAAAUGUGGGAACACUUUCAUCAAAAAAACAAUAUGGGCACCCUUUUAAAUUAAAUGUAGAAUUGAAGAAACUAGUGUACAUUUCAAAAGUAUAUGGUAUUGUUAGUGAUCUACACAUAGAGCAAGUCUGUGAAGGUUUUUGAUGAAACUAAUAUGUGAAUAAUAAGUAUGCAAUGUAUACUGCAGUGCUUCUUAUGCAAGUCUCUGGUUGAAUUUAUUACAUGUUUUUGUACAUUUUUUGUAAAAGCCAUUUAUAAUAACAGCAUUACCUUAACCAGAGUAUAAGACACAUGCAGUCAAAGUUGUUAGUAUUGUAGAUAUUUUCCUAUUGUUAUGUGGCUUUCCUUCUUGUUAUGUUGGCUUAGUUCACCACUGGGGCCUCACACCCCAACUUCAAUGCUCAGUUCUGUCAGCAUCCCUUUUAAUACUUCCACACUAUAAAAUUAUAAUUUUUUUUAUAAAUCAACUAUUUCCUACAAGAAAUAUAAAAGCAAUAAUUUGUUUCCACAGUCAAGAAACAAGAAUCACUCUGCAUCACUGUGCUCUGAUUUCCUUCUAAUUUGAGUGGAAAGUUACUUUGCAUAUGCAAUAAUUAUGGCUUGUGUAUGCACUCCAUGCAUUACUGAAGAGCAAUACUGUUUAUACACUAGCUGUACGUGUUAUUUUAUAGAUUGUUUAUCUUAAUAGUAAGAGCCUGUAAUAUAUACCCAAGAAUGCUUUUAUUGUAUAUAAGAAAUCUCUAGAAUCAGAUUAAAAUAUAUUUGUUUAUAUUUUGCUUUGAAGAUAUUUCCCAUUUCUGUGGAUACAAUUGGAUGACCUUUACCCAGCCUGAUGUAUCUGUGAGGCAGCACACUCUGAGGGAAGGAAACACCACACUCAGGAGGCUCCCAGGGGCUCUGCCCCACUCACUAAGGGUUGUCAAGUUGCCACACACAAUGGUUGUUGAUCAAAUGCACCAACACUAUACUUGACACAUAUUCCACUGUAGCAUAUAUAACGUAGGGUUCCUUGUAAAUAAAUUUUCAUCUCUGCUUCUACAGUAAUUUCUCUCUUGUACUGGCAUGGUGCAGCAGGUGGUGGUGGCGGCUCUAACACCCUCACUCUCACAGUUGGUGAUACCUUGUCACUGACCACCACUCUUUGCUGGUGUGAUGCUAAAAGAUGUAAGGGAAACUAUUAUAGAAAUAAUAUGAAACACUGAUCUUAAAACUUUUUUUAUAUAACAUAUACUAAUAGGCUGUGAUGAGAUAAUCAGGCUGGGUAGUUUGCUGUUAAGUCCACCUUUGUCUUCCUUAGUAUGUCAAAUAUAUAGUCAUUAAACAUUUACUAUCAGUUACAAAUGAGUGGGGUUAUUAUAUCAGUUGUGGUUGCUCCUUUCCUCCCAUUCUCUUAUAUUAGGAAUUUUACUCUAGAUUAAAUGUCAUUGAAAACUGCAACAUACAGCUAAGCAAGGUCAGGUUGAAGCUGCAGUGUUUAGUUUUCAAGCAAGGUCAUGUCACUGGGAGAUGACAUGUUGAAAUUCUCCAGUGUAAAAUUAAAUAUAAUGAAGAGCAGAUUUGCCACUUUGUGGCAAUUCAUGAUGACUCUUGAAAACACAAGACCCAUUGCUAAGUCUGCAGUGUUGUCAGUUUCCUCCCUGUGUGCCAAAGUGUUUGCCACAGUCUUUAGUGAAGCUCAGUGGUCAUCAAUGCAUACACAUCCCAUGUGCCAAAAUAGUGAAGUGGUGACAACAACUGUUGUUUGAAACAGACCUUCCCACUGGUGGUGGAAGGCAACUUGUAGAUCGUAGGAAAUCAUUAAUUUUUCGUCUAUCUAGUGUGAUAAAAUUAUUUAACUAAUUUUUUGGCAUACUGAUGAAAACCAAUAUCCAUUAUUAAGUUUAGUGUUUAUAAUGUUCAUAAACUGAUCAUGCAUUGUGGUAAUCAUUUUACAGAAAACAGACAUUGUUGUCCCCAUCACUGUGCAAAUCACUGGUAAUUUCAGGGACUAGUAAAUUGAACUGGAAAUUAAGGAAAUUACUUUCCUUGCCAUUCACGACUUUUCAGAUUAAUCUUCUGUAACACAUCAACAGACACAGUAAUUUGUGAACUGACAUUGUUGUUCAACUGAAUUACAACAUUAGUACCAAUCACUGUCAUGUAUCUGAAUUUGAUUGUACUUGUCCAAACUUUAUAGAUACAUUUCAUACUUUUGUCCUGACUAAUUCAACAAUACAUAAAUUAACACACACUGUUCUGCAUCCCUGAACACAGAAUCACAGGAAGCUAGAUGGCACUUCUUUGGACUAUUAAUAUAUUUACUACAUGUGAGCUACGCAAUCCACGACUGUCAUGCAGUUUUUAUAUUACAUUUCAUUCAUGUAUUAUUUAUUACCUAAUUUUUUAAAGUAAUCUGUGUUCAGAAUGAAAGACACAGUUCAAAUCACCAGAAUUCAGUCACUGCAAUAAUAUACAUAAAACUCCCCUAAUUCAUAGUGUGCUAGUGAACUGUAACUAAAUUUCAGAAAAUUUUUUUCUUGAUUAUACUUGUUAAUACCAUGAAACUUAGGACCAGAAACCUGUAAACAUACCUUUCUUUGAGGCUCACUUUGAAAUUGCUGUCACACAGCUGAUGAGUGUUGUUCCAUCUCUUCCUUACCUGAAAAGAUUGAAAAGAACUUCAUUAUGAUUCUUGUCACCAUAACCUAUGAAACUUUAUAGAUAUAAGAAUAAUGAUAUGCACCUUUCUCUGUAAACCAAAUUGGUUAUUUUCUCUCAUUUAUAUUUACUGUUGUGCUUCUUGUGUGUUAUUUCAUUCUUCACUAUCCCAUGUCACACAAGGUGUAUAAACUAAUGUGAUGAACAGAAGUUGGACAAGGAAAGGGCUUCAUUUGAGAAUGAAUACUGCAGCCAAGGCAUUGUAACAAUGUAUUAUGGAGGACUCACCCUGCUACUUAUAAUAUUCCAUUUUAUGAGCUUCAACCAAAGUCUUAGAUAUUACAUAAAUGUAAAAGUAACUUUGCUCACUGGAAUUCACCUACUUUAUCAUUAUCUUGUGAAAAUGUAUGCAAAUCCUCAACAUAAUGCCAAUACUGUCAUGUCAUGACAUGUUUGUAAUAUGCAAACACCACAACAGCUCUAAUUGAUCAUCACUUGGUGAAACAAAGUAUGGAACAUCACAAUCUACCAACCAAUCAUGAGAAUCAAGGCACAAAAUAACCACUGGAUAUGUUCCACAUCCUGUUCUGGAAAUUCAUCCCUAACUUUUGAGUCACAUGAAGCUAAGUACCAUGACAUAUCUGAAAAAUAGAUACCAAUUCUAUUUUCUGCAUUUUCUUGCAUACCAUCCCACUAAGGUUGUGAGAAAGAUGCUUUUCUUAAUUUUAUGGUGACUAUCUUGUAAUUUUUAUUUUUUGUUAAUGGUGCAGUUACACUUGAAUAUGAUAGACAUUACUUCAUAAUUCAAUACACCUUCCUUGGAUCAAUAUAAUGAAUCACUAUUACAUGGUGCAAACUUACUAUAUGAAACAAGACAAGUCACUUAUCUUGUACCAUGAAAGAGAAAGUGAUUAUGGUGAUUGACUGAUGAAAGUUCAGCAAUUGUUUUAAUUAAUACAAUUUAUUCUGAAAUUCAAAAGCAUGAUAAUUAUGUUAUCUUGGAGUGAAAAUAUCAAAUUCCUUAUUAAACACCAACUAAAAAGAGCAGGUUACUGGAAAAUAUAUCAGGUUAUACCUGUAUCAAGGAACACAAGCAUCUAUAUCUCUGUCAACAUUUGUAGUCCAUCACACUAAAUUUAAACAAAACAAGAAAUAAAAAAUAGUCAAGUGAACUGCAUUAAUAUGUGAAAUAAUUUACAUGUUUAUGGUGACUAUAGUUCUUAAUACUUUCAAUUUAAAAAGUAUCUACAUUAAAUAUUUAUAAGAUUUUCUUGCAGGAUAUUUGAGCAUGGUAGUCACCUUACAUAUUAAAAUACUUUUAUCAAAAAAAACUUAGGAUGUGAGUGAGGGGAUUUUGUUAUGAUUAUUGCAGUGAAGUGCAGAGGUUGUUUGUCGGGUGAUUUCCUUGGCCAGUGACAAAGCUGGCUCACAGACCGCCAGAUUUACAUAGAUGCAAACCUAGAGAAUCCUCAGUAUGUACGCAUUUAACUUUGUUGUAUUUUGUUAAUACUUACUGAUUUUUUUAUAAAAUAAGGUCUGGACAAGAGGACAGGGGAAAGAUGUAAGACUUUUUUGUGAUUAGAAAGUUCAAUAUAUGCUAGCAUUUUAACCCUCUUAAUAAUUUCAUGUCAAAUGAGACUCUGUGCCUUAACAGGAUGGUCCACUUCCAUGCUUCUAGUGAUGACUGCUUGAACACUGUGAGAGGUGAAUGCCUCAGCAUCACCCAGUUCUUUUCAUACCUGACAUCCAAGGAUACAAGAGCCUUUAGUGAUCCCACUGAAGCUAUCCUUCUGCCAGUCUUUCUCCAAUAAAAGAAUAAGUGUCUGUAAGAAGUGGUGGUUCCAUCUUGUAGCUUAGAUUAAGAUGCCACUGCUGAGUAGGUUAUCAGAGCUUGGGAAACAGACUUGGCACUGAUAACCCACACAGCAGUUUUGACUAAUCAGAUGUAACUGAUUUACUGGGUAAUCUUACUCCAGCACAUGACCUUUCAUUUGUGGCUAAAUGGAAGUUGUCAUACAACACAGGAAGCCCAGUUUUGGGUGUGUCCUCAGGAGCACCAGGGCUCCUCCCCUCACCCCUGCUGCUGCCCCUCUCAGUGUGGUGGUGCCAUGGGGUCAGUCAACACUCAGUUUACAUGUUCAUGUUCAGUCUGGAAGUGCCUUUUAUAAUUAUAAUUAUUUAUUGACUGCCUUUAAGGCACUACAGAUCCUUCCUAUGUACAUUACCAUUAGAAAGUUUAUUUCUCAUUAAAUGCAUCUUCAUGAAUCAUUAAACUGCUGUGAACUGAGGCUUUCUGUUCAGUGUAUUGAGGUUUUCCCAGGGAGAGGUUAGAAGUGGCCUGUGGCUCGACAAGAGUGGCAAGAAAACAUUAUGUAUCAGUUAAAAGAAUAUCAAAGUAGGUCCUGCCUCAAUCGCUGCACUCAAAGUCUUGUGGCUUCAGGUUGUAUUGGAAAACUAUAUACAGAUUUCAUCAGGGUAUUACAUUUUUUAGCAUCAUGCAUUUUGUAAUCAAAAUAUAUUCUUACAUUCAUUGAAUGUAUUGAACUCAGCAAAUCACAUUAAUGAGCAUGUUAAUAAAUACUGAUUAUUUUUUAUAGCUGACUUCAAUGUAUUUAUUUAUUUUUUAUGUACUCCAAGGUGACUGAUGACAAGAAACUAUGACAAUUUCCAUUACUGGCAACAUUACACCAUUUCCACCUGCCCUGAGAAGUUUGACUUGUACUUACUGAAAACUUGUGGUAUUUUUGGCACUUUAUUUAUUUGAUCAUACACCAAACCUACUCAGUGACAUGGCUGUAUGUGACGUAUUGUGAAGCAGCUUGUGUCUGUUAGGUGUAUUACCUGCUUGACCUAAAAACACUGUAAAUUUUAAAACCAAAUCUGCAUACUGCCACUAGAAGAAGGGUCGUGUUCCUAGCAAAUGUACAUACAGUUGACCCACAGCAAGAGGUCAGUAGGGCAUGGAGCUACCAGUCAGUCAGCAGGAAGGUCACUAUGAAUCAAAGUCAAGGUUAACAGACAUUUUCUUAUGCAGCCAAUGAAUCGCCUUACAUCAAUGUUGUGUGAUCUUAGUCUCUUCAAUAGAGUCCUACUGGGGACAAUUUUGGUUUGUAUAUUUCUGUACAAAAUGUACAUAUCACAACCCCAAUAAUAAUUAUACUUGAAAAA